GAAAAAAAUGAAAAGAAAAACGUGUUAAAAAACGCAAUUCAAUAAAUCUUCAAUGAUUUGCAAUUCACAACGGAUUUAUAGAACAAUGAACUAAUUGUUUUUUCUUUUAAUUGAUGCAUUUUUUUUAAUUCAAGACAAUGCAAAAAGCUUCAUUUAAUAAAAAAAGAAAAUAUUCGGACAAAGGAAAUUCGAAUGAUAAAACAAAUAAAUACGCGAGAAAUACAACGACUAUUUUAACCGUGGAACCAUGCAAAGACGUUCUAAAUUUUAUUGAUUUUGUUAAUGAAGAUAAAUGGUAUAUUCAAUGUGAAAAAUAUUUGUUUGAUGAAAAGACACAAAUAGAAAAAAAAUUUUCAAAUCAAUGGGAAGCGUUAGCGUAUUUAAAAGAGGAAGCAAAGCAGCGUUAUGCAAACUUAUGUUCUUAUUUGGAACGAUUACAAAGAAAGGUAAAUAAGGAUAAAAAAUGGUUUGAAAGUAUUGUGGAGCAAGGAACUAUUCGUGAUAAAAUCUCGACUCGAGUUUUAUUAAUACAAGAAUCUCCUAUGAUUUCCUUACAUCAUUUACAAUGGUUGAUUGAUCAAAUAGGUCAACUAAACCGUUCAGGUUCAUCUUCCGCUUUGGAUGCCUUAAAAGAUUUAAUGAUUCAUGAUUUAUUACCAAAAGAUAGAAAACUUUACUCGUGGUCAGAAAAUCCCUUAUAUAUGACAUUGCAAAAACAAAAAUUGGACCAAGUGACUGUAGAGAAAAAAGGAUUAUAUCAAAAAUUAAAAAAAAAAUUACCCAAUGAGUCAAAAAAUCAUGUAUUCGUUACCUUCACACAAGUUGACUUAUUAAAAUUAUGGUUUGAGGAUCAAUUGAAAUAUUUGUAUUCUUUAUUCGUCUUGGCUUUAGAACAGACUUGUAGAGACACACAUAGUUUUCUUCGUCAAAGAUCUUUAAAAAUUGUUUCAGAACUCUUAGUGUGUUCUCCAGAGCAAGAAAAGGCUCUUAUGGUUUUCCUAAUUCACCAAUUGACGAACCCCAAAACGAAGGCAGAUGGUACAAGUAUUAUUUUUUUUUUAAAUGAGGUCUUGAAAGCUCAUCCCGUGAUGACUCCUGUGGUUAUACGUUACAUUUUGAAAGCUUUCUCUGAGUUACUAGUACAAAAUGUUUUUUUCCAAAAAGAUGCCGUCAAAUUUUACAAUUCCAUUCGUUUUCUUAUUAAUCUUUCUUCGUUCGUUAGGAAAGAUAAAGAAAUAUGCCAAGCUAUUUGUGAUCAUUUGAUGAAAAUGCUAACAUUUUUUUUAAACCAUUUUAAAAAUGCUUUAAAUAAAGAUGAUAAACGUAAAAGAUUAUCUAAAAAAAUAAAACGUCGGAAAAAACGGGAACGCAAAAAUGGCAAAAAAAAAAUUCUUCCCGAUAAACCGUCUGAUUUAGAUGUUUUACCUAAUUAUCGUUUAUUAAGAAGUAUUUUAGACGGUUUAAAUUGUUUUAUUCCAUAUGUAUCGGAAAGUUUUUUAUUUCAAUAUUCCUUUGACCAAAAAGUUUUUAAAACAUUACUUGAUCAUAUCACAACACAUACAGGCAAAGUCUCUUUAUUUCUUUUUUGGACCCAUUUCAAUAAUGCGUUAAGUCAAGACUGUCAAUUUUUAUGGGUAACGCUUUACCAAUAUUUAUCAACGUUUCAAUUGAUACAAGCGUCUAAUAGUACAGCACUCUUAAAAUUAUUUCAAUCAUGUGAUUUCGUAAAAGAUCAACAUACAACUUUACUGCUCUCUUAUUAUCGGCGUUUACUUCAGAUGAGUUUGCACGUUCCUUGUGGAUUCAAUCAACUUGAGCUUUUAAAGAAUGUCUGUGAUUUUUUAUCAAAUAACUUUGUUUGGUCUUCGUCAGUGUUGUUCUACACAGACGAAGAAAUUCUACAAGAAAAUGAUGAUUCGUAUCAUGAUGCACCACUGGCUGAUUUAAAACAGCCUUGUAUUGAAACGGAACAAUGCUCUAAUAGCUCCUCAAAAGUGGGUGGAUAUAAUCCCUUACAAAAAAACCCUUUUACAUGUGGCUGUCAAGAGACACAUUUAUGGGAAAUGAAUCUACUUCAAUGUAGUGUUCAUCCGACAGUUUCAAAACAUGUUAAAGAAUUGUACUCAUUUUUAAGAGAAUGGCGUCAGAGUAAAAAAUCCUGGUCUCAAAUAAAAGCAAAACCUCUUAGUAUUUUUAACAAAUACGUCAAAAGUCAAGUCUCUAAAAAAGGAUCUGAUGUAAAAAAAAAAGAGAAAAACGCAGUGAGUUUAUUUUCGGCCUCUUGUAUUUUACAUUUACUAGCCUAUUGCUCGCCACAAAAAGAGGAUUCAACAAAUCAAGCGACUCCAAUAAAUUCCUCUUCUUUUUGGCUUUCUAAAAAAGAAGUGGAACCCCAUGAGGAAUUUAUGCAUCAAUAUUUCACAGAUCCUUUCGUUAUCUUUCAACAAUCUCAACGACGAAAAAGAGUGGCGUGUGACAAGGAAAAUUCACCUUCUCAUUCUGACGACGAUAUGGAAGACGUUUUACCCGAGGAGUUGCCUGAAGAUUUCUUAACGGGUGCAAGUGAAGACGAGAUGGAUUUAUUGGAGGAUGACGGUUCAGAUUUGUAUGACGCCGACAAUGAUAAUGGUUUGAGUGAUGAAGAAACGAAUGAGGAUAUGGCGUCGAUGAAUUUCUCACCUAUUCGCACAAAGUCUAAAAAGAAAUUUCCAGGAGAACAUAAAAAACACGCUUUGUUUGCGGAUGCUAACACGUUUUCAGUAGAAUAAUGCAUGAAG